AUGCAGUUUGUUCCUCGGCUGCCCACCAUCCUCCUGCUGGGUGUGGUGUACGUUUUGUACCUACUGAUCGGAGGAGCCGUGUUUUGGACACUGGAGGGGGAGCACGUGGGGGAGAACCUGCAGACGCUGCGGGAGGAGAAGAGCCGGGUGCUGAGGAAGUACACCUGUCUGGACCAGGACAGCCUGGAGGAGGUGGCACAGCUGGUGCGGUCGGCGUCUAAGUACGGGCUGAGCCUGAAGAGUAACUCCACAGCUGACGGCUUCUGGAAGUUCACCAGCUCCGCCGUCUUCGCCGCCACCGUCGUCACAACCAUCGGAUAUGGCAACAUCAGUCCCAGUACGAUGUAUGGGCAGAUCUUCACCGUCUUCUUCGCGCUGAUCGGCAUCCCUCUCAACGUGGUCGUCCUGAACAAGAUCGGCAAGUACAUGCUGAACAUAGAGAAGAAGUUCUGUGAGUUUGUGGCCAAGAAGACAAAUCGCAAAAAGUGUGUGCGGGUGUUGAUCCACAGCGUGUCGUUCGUGCUGCUGGCGGUGCUGUAUUUCGUGGCCCCGGUGUUGAUCUUCCAGCAGUAUGAGGGCUGGACCCACGCCGAGGCCUUCUACUACUGCUUCAUCACGCUCAGCACCAUCGGGUUCGGGGACUACGUAGCCGAUGACAACCCUGACCGGCAUUACCCGGAGUGGUAUGGCUCCAUCAUGGCCGCCUGGAUCUUCUUCGGCCUGGCCUGGCUGGCCGUCCUCAUCAACCACUCCAUAGACCUGCUGGAGCACUUCAACGAGUACCUGAAGCAGAAGAGAGAGGGGAACGCAGACACCACCGACGCCACUCAGGAGAAGGACAGCACUAAGGGACAGUGA